UUGAUUAAAUAUGUAUUAGGACAACUUUUCAAAAAGGCUUUUCUGUGGUGGUCAGAAUCAUUUCUAGAACUUUGAAACCGUAGACUCUCUAAGAUGUACCUCAGUGCUGCAAAUCAUCGCAUACCUCUAAGUGAUGGAAACAGCAUUCCUAUCAUUGGACUUGGUACCUACUCGGAACCUAAAUUGACCCCUAAGGGGACCUGUGCAACAUCAGUGAAAACUGCCAUCGAUGUGGGGUACCGGCACUUUGAUGGGGCCUACGUCUAUUACAACGAACACGAAGUGGGAGAGGCCAUCAGGGAGAAGAUAGCAGAAGGAAAGGUGCGGAGGGAGGAUAUUUUCUACUGCGGAAAGCUGUGGGCUACAAAUCACAUCCCAGAGAUGGUCCGCCCAACUCUGGAGAGGACGCUCAAGGUCCUUCAGCUAGAUUAUGUGGAUCUUUACAUCAUUGAAAUACCCAUGGCUUUUAAACCUGGAGAUGAAAUCUAUCCUAAAGAUGAAAAUGGCAAAUGGUUAUAUAGCAAAUCAGAUCUAUGUGCCACUUGGGAGGCUUUGGAAGCUUGCAAAGAUGCUGGUUUGGUGAAAUCCCUUGGAGUAUCCAAUUUUAACCGCAGGCAGCUGGAGCUCAUCCUGAACAAACCAGGACUGAAGUAUAAGCCAGUCAGCAACCAGGUUGAGUGCCAUCCAUAUUUCACCCAGCCAAAGCUCUUGAAAUUUUGCCAACAACAUGAUAUUGUCAUUAUUGCAUACAGCCCUUUGGGGACCUCUAGGAAUCCGACCUGGGUGAAUGUAUCUUCCCCACCUUUGUUAAAGGAUCCACUUCUAAACUCACUGGGGAAAAAGUACAGUAAGACAGCAGCUCAAGUUGUUUUGCGCUUCAACAUCCAGCGAGGAGUGGUUGUCAUUCCUAAAAGCUUUAACCCUGAAAGGAUCAAAGAAAACUUUCAAAUCUUUGAUUUUUCUCUCACUGAAGAAGAAAUGAAGGACAUCGAAGCCUUGAAUACAAAUGUCCGCUUCGUGGAAUUGCUCAUGUGGUCUGACCAUCCUGAAUACCCAUUUCAUGAGGAAUACUGACUUCAGAGAACUCUGGGACAGACAUUUUCCCUCCCAUGUGUGCCAGGACUUUGAGCUGGGUAGUUCCCCCAGCUACAGAAAUGAAAUCCUCAGAUGAAGUGGUGAUGGAGACAUGCUUAACUUUUGUGUACUGUGACUUUGACUUACCUAUGUGGUGGUGGGGGAUUUAAAUCUGUUGAAAUAACCAUUGGAAAUUAUCUGCUAAUAUUUUAUUAAAUCAUUGUCUUCUGAGCUUCAAACAGAAACAUCAGGCUUUAGAAAAGACUUCAGAGGCAACAUAUGAAGAUAAGUAAGUCAUGAAUCUGGGUGCUGCCAUGGGUAAUCUGAGUUCUCUAGCAGUUAACAGGGCAAGAAAGAGGAUGGAGAGCUGGAACAUGCCAGUGUGCUGGCAGUGGCCUUGAUACUCUAGACCACUGACUGUAAUACAGUUAAUACAGACACAGCCAAAAUAAGAUCCAUACAUGCAUUAUAAACAUCAAAGUAAUUUGCUGCACCUUGAGUAGGGAAGAGGGCUAAGUGUAGAAAAGUCUUAAAAUAGAGCUAAUUAAACACCACAGCAGUCAACUAAGCUGUACUGAUUUGGUUGUUGUUUCCAUACAGUAUGUGUUUGUGUAGCUUUUACCCAGCUUGAGAGAUAAAUAAUUGCUGGUUCUCUCUUGCAUGUUUUAGGGCCUGAGCAUCACCAUAACUAGUGGUCCAUGCCAAUACUGCCUGUCACUCUUACCUCCACUCAUUGUAUGACCACCAUUGUGCAGAAUGGCUUGAGACAACCAGCAUACACAAAUAAAAUCCUGCACUGUAAAAUAGUCCA